AUGGCGGCCGAGUCGUCCUCUGAUGAGCUUGCUGCCAGGCCUGAUGGUGAGCUGCCUCCAGCGGCCAAUGGCGACGCCCCUGCCCAGGAUGUCGAUUUCGUCACCUUGGGCAUGUUUAUCAUUGCAAAAGAAGGCCCUGCCUCCUUCUCAGUCAUCCUGCCCAUCCAUUCUCAUGCCAGCAGAAUGGCAACUUCCGUCGUGACCGACUCCACGAUGCUGCAAGCCUUGCUGAGCCUCUUCGCCUUUCUCUCUUAUCUCUGCCACUACUACCUCAGAAAGCCCUAUCCUUCUUGGCUGCAACGUCUGCUCGGCCCUUUCCGAGACCCAGAACGCGCCUCUGGGCUACCAGAAGCUGACAUCCGUCACCAAGAUGAAAUUGAGUACCGGCCGCCCAAGCCUCCCCAACAGGAUGUAUUAGGCGGUGCGGGCUCCUACGCCGCACUUGGUGCCCGUCUCUUCUCCCCGGGGCCCAUCCAGUCCAAGACAGUCGGCUGGAUUAUCGACCAGGGAUCAGACUUCCCCCCGGCGAUAACGACCCUUAUCGACAGCUGGGAGACUGCAGCAUACGUCCGUCACGAUCCGGAACGGCUCACCACCCGCGGCUGGAACGGCUAUGUCGACGAGAACGAGACCAGAGCCUUCAAGUACACCACGCCCAAGAAGCGCCUGACGGCGUCCGACCUCAGCGGCUCGCCGUUGCUGCAGGCUCGCACCUUCCACAUCAUCUGCAGCCCGUCCAGGUGCCGGGAGCUGGUCACGGAGCUGCUGACCCUGCGCAAGGAGGAGGCGCCGCCCGAGGACGACGAAGGCCGCGGUGGGUACUCGCGGCCCAUCAUCAUCUGGGAGCCGGUGCCGGACCUGUGCACUCCUGACGAGCUCCUCAACCUGACCAACUGUCUUCCCCUUGUCGACGUCUGCAGCCCCAAUCAUUCGGAGCUUGCUGGUUUCAUGGGCGAUUCCGGCGUCGACCCGGAGACGGGCGAGAUCAGCACCGCCGCCGUAGAGCAGGCUUGCGAGCAGCUCCUUGGCUCCAUGCCCCUAUCGAGCUUCACUCUUGUAGUGAGGGCCGGCGAGAAGGGCUGCUAUAUCGCGAAGAAUGGCGGGCGCAAGAACUCCAAGAAGAACGGCUCAAAACGGCGGAAGAAGGUGCACGCCGCGCACGGCGGCCUGCAGCCUGACACCGACAUGAUGAGCCUCUUUGCCGGCCUCUUGCAGCAGUCCGACGAGGCUGACGGCGACGACGACGGGGCCGCGACGUUCAGCUUCAUACAGGACGAGGACGACGAGAUCGAGAUAGACCCCGGGCUGGACAAGUGGAUACCCGCCUUCUUCACCAAGGACGACGCCGCCGAGAAGGUCGUCGACCCUACCGGCGGCGGCAACACCUUCCUCGGAGGGAUGGCCGUCGCGCUCGCGAGGAGCAAGUCCAUGGAGGAGGCGGCGUGCUGGGGCAGCAUCGCCGCCAGCUUUGCCAUCGAGCAGGUUGGCGUCCCCGAGCUGGGCAGGGACGAUGAUGGCGAGGAGACGUGGAACGGAGCCCGAGUGUGGGACAGGCUAGAAGCGUUGCAGGCUCGUCUUGUGACGCCGGCAGAAUAA